AAGAGUGCCCGAUCGAUAUUACGCCAUUUUCGGUGAGGCAAUAGGCACGUGUGUGACUGUGUGUACGCAGCUUAAAAGGCGCAUUGAGGUGCAUGCGAUUUGCAGGCGCAUAACAUCGUGUAUAAAAAGAAGGGAGAAAAAAUUUUUUAUUUCCAUCGCAUUUUGGCGUGCAGAGUAAUAACUGUGAUAAGUGCAUAAAUUUUAAUUAAGACAAAAAUCGAUAGAUUAUCUACGGGAACGGCACGUAUAACCUAUUCGCGCUGUUCGCUUGCGUUGUAAAAUAAUAGGAAGUUGCGAAAUUUAUCAAUUAUUUGCAACGGUAGAACUACAGAGAAUUUGAAACUCCACUCGGAAAAUCACAAGUGCCAGGUAACGAGUAUCUUAAGGGUGAAACAUGUAGAAAAAUUGAACUCCCUCUUCUGGAUGCGACGAGUUGCACCAACAGAGAUAGACUCAGUGUUUACAAUUGCUUCAACUUUAAUUCUGUUAUCCUGCGAAAAGGAGAGGAAUAACUUUGUCUGACAUGUCGCUUAAGAAAAAUCAAUGGCGUAGCGCGUACAACGCAGCAUCAAAGAACGAUACGAGGAUGUUUUCUCCCUCCGUUGAAAAGAGCAUUUGUAUUAAUGACGCAGCUAAUGCAUCUACCUCGAAUGAAAGUAUCUUGUUAUCGGAGGUGGACAGAAGACACAAGGAAGCGCUAGACGAUCGGUAUUCUGACAUUAAGAAUAAUAAGUGCGAAGACACGUCUAUCAUUGUAGAUACGCGUAUCGAGAGUCGCAUAUGUAAAAGUAUACUUCGCACUCGGAGCAACUCAAAGGUGAAAGAUUUUAUUAGCUUAGAAGUCGACAAAUCUGACAGUAUGGAACAUAAUACAGAGGGAGAAAUUGUAGCAAAGAGAAGUAAAACGAAUUUGAAUAGUAGGAACAAAGUACCUGAAUCUUGUAAAUUAGUUACUAUGCAGAAUGCAGCGUGUAAAACUGAAUUAAUGCCUGAAUGUCCUAGUGGAAAAGUGAAUUUGGAUUGUGCAUCAAAAACAUUUUCUCGAAAGAAACUUUUAUCCUCUGUUACGCGCAACAAGCCGGAAACGUCGUUGGUGGAGACAAAAAGCACGGAUGUUUUGGCAACAUCUAAAAAUAAUGUAAAUUCAAUUGACAAGAACGUACCUGAUAAAAAUAAAAGGGAUUUCCAGCAAGGCAGAAUUAAUGACCGCAUUGCAUCGAAUAAUUUUACCCGAAGAUCAAUCGACGAUAAUAUCUCGUCGAUGGAAGUGCAAGAUCAAAUUGUAAACGACCAGUACGGUACUUUAUCAGAUGCAAGAACUGCGACGGGAGACCAAGAAACUGACAAAAUUGAGAGUGGAGUAACUGCACUACCAGCUAAACCAACAAAAUCACUGCCUUCGGAUUUGAAAGCUAUUGAAGAUAACAACAUAAAAUCGAACUUAGUUAAAGCUAAAGACAAAUUACCAAGUUCGACGCAAUCGUUCACCGAAAGAAUGCAAUCGACGGCGGUAGAAAACGCUCCAAGGUCAACAGGAGGAUGUACGGAGCUUGUAAUUAGGCAACAUAUCUCAUCUCACAGAGAUACAAGUAUGCGGGAGUCGAUAUCCGAAGCAAGGGAUGAAAAUUUAAAUAAGAAUGCGGCACAUCGAGAUGCAUGCACGGCAAGUGAAACAAAUGCGAGGCAUGACGAACAGAGCCAGUCAGCUGUAGUACAAAACGUCAAGAGAAAAAGGGGUAGACCUAGGAAAGUGAUAAACGAUCUCGCAGAUCAAAGCACGCCAAACAGAAUCGAUACGUCGCGAGAGAUUCCCGAAAGCAUCACCGAAUCCGUGACACGCGAUAAAAGACGCGCUAGUCGAAUUAGGAUUACUAAUGAUAUCAGCGAUUCGAGCACUGAAAGCGACACCACGGAAAAUAUUUUCGUCAAGAAGCGAGGUCGACCCCCCGGUGCCUCGAGAGGCCAGGGUAGAGGACACGGUCGAGGACGCGGCAGGGGUAGACCUUCAUCACGAAAUUCUUUAGACACCGAGUACAUUCCUAGAUUAACAACGAACAUUUCUCAAUCGAGAACGAUAGAGAGUGACAAAACAGAUGACACAAGUGCAACAGCAAACCAUGCGAAUAUUAAAAAUGCUCCUACGGAUUCGAGCGCUCCAAAUGUACAAUUGGUAAGUUGUGCUAAGUGCGAUAAAGAAAUUCCAAAGAAACAAUGGUCUUCACACAAUUUACACCAACAUAAUAACAUGGCUUGGCGAAAGGAUCAGGAGCCAUUGGACUUUGAAAAUGACCCGAAGUUGUUAAAGAGAGUAUUAUCUGCUGCUCUUAAGCAAAAAAAGAAAUUUCUGAUUUGUGAGAAAUGCGAAGAUAGAAGACAGAGUGUCCUUGGUUUUAUAUCGCACAUGCAAUUUUGCGGUAAAUCAGAAGAAGAAAAACAAUCGUUAAUGGUGACAUGUCCCAUUUGCAAUAGAGUUAUGAUGCCUUCCUCUGUGGAAGUACAUGAACGUUUUCACAGACAAGCAGAACAGAAUAAAGAUAAAGUACAAAUAAAUGUACAAGUCGAAAGAACUAAACGGAAAGCAGCAGAGAGAGCAGUACCAAGAAUAUUGGAACUCGCUGAAUCUUUGAAAGAGCAAAAUAACGAUGUAGUACAAAUACCGCAAAAGAAAAGGAUACCAAGCGCUUGGAAAGUUAUGUGGAAAAAAGAAUUGGACUCAAAAGGCGUCAUGUCUUGUAAGCAGCUAGGAUGUACUUUUACAUGCUUCUCUUACGAAACCAUCUAUGAACAUUACUAUCAAUGUAAUUUCAGGCCAAAAGAGAAAUUCAUGUGUAAGAUUUGCAAGUUUUGUGCGGAAUCUAAAGAUAAGAUUAUAGAUCAUAUAACAGAAAUUCAUUCCGGCAACAAUGACGUAGAGAAAUAUUCUGAUUACGAGACAGAGGAAGAUGAGAAUUCGGAUGAAAGUAUAUUCGAAGAUGAUUUAAAACAAAAGUUUAGCAGUCGUCGUUCGUUGAAAAUAAACUCUGAUGGCACAAAUAAAGAGACAACUUGCAGAAAAAUGGCUUUCUUAGAUAAGGAAACAACGCAGAACUCGCUACUAAAUGAAAUUUAUGAACCAACUUUGCGAUGGACUCUGGAAUUCGAACUAAAAAAUUACGAAUUGGCGUUGUUCGAAGAUAAUAUGCCAAAUUGUUUUACAUUAUUGGGAAAUAAUGAUGCCGCAACGUAUCUCCCAGAACUAACGAUUUCGAUGGCUUUCAAACAUGCCAAUUCAUCGGAAAAUAUGGAGAAUUCUGAUGACAAAAAUUGGAUGUGCAUGAAUAGGUUCGAGAGUGAUAUCUGUGAAGAUGUGCCAAUAUUUUUUGUCGGUGGUCCUAUAUGGGCGUUAGCAUGGUUACCUAUCCCAUCGCCGAUGUAUUCCAAAAACCCGAUGCAAUACAUCGCAAUUAGCACGCAUCCCACGAUGGAAAGCGAGUAUGAAGUCAGAUGUAAAUAUUCAGGCCCAAACAUCAUACAGAUAUGGGAUGUCGGACCUUUAAAUCAUAAAGUUAAUAGUGAAAAUAAAUCGCCCGUCUUAGCCUACGCGAUUGCGCAUAAUAGCGGUACAGUUUGGUGCUUAGAGUGGUGCCCGUCAGGAUGCUAUCAGGAUGUCGAUCUUGGUAACUACAAAGCGGGCGGAAGUGAUCUCAGGCGAAUGGGAUUACUUGCAGCUGCAUGCUCCGAUGGAUGUAUACAUAUUUAUUCGCUACCGUUCGCGGACGAACUUAAAUUCGAAAAAACGGAAGACAAUUCGUGGCCGAUUUACAAGACCGAUCCGGUAAUAACAUUGGUCAAGAAUAUUCUUAUGUAUGACAAUAAUGAACAAAACUGGCAGUGUACCAGGCUGUCGUGGACGAAGGAGCAUGGACAUAACUUUAUCGCGGCAGGUUUCUCAAACGGUUACAUCGGGCUGUGGCAUCUUACGACUGUCUCGCCUCUGUUGCUUGAUGUACGGAAUGAUACUAAAGUUAUAAAUACAUACCACUAUUUCUUUGCUCAUUUUAAUGCAAUUACCAUGGUAGCACUAGUUCCGUACGGUAACCGCCGUUUCCUCGCUUCCGCCAGUGUAGAUAAAUCGUAUAAAUUUUGGGAUUUGGAAGAUACGACUGCACCGCAGAGCUGUAUAAAAAGGGGCAUAGUAUCGAACGGCGUGUGGAUGACAAACUGGCCGUGCGCGGUUCUUAGUUUCGACGAUGCACUUGGGUAUCAUUACAUGCAUUCCAUGACAGUGCCGGUGAGAGAAUACGGAUACAAAUAUGGCCCAAUUUUAGCAACCAACUCGACAACUUAUGGCCUCUCUGUUUCCGAUCACGCUAACAGUAUUGCACACAGCACUUUAGCCGGAGAAGUAUUGACUAUCUUUCCUCAUCAAUUGUUGUAUCCAGAAAAAUUAUUGUCUAAGAAAAGACAGUUGAAUUCUUUUAUCAAGACGGUGGAUUUCUUAGAGGAGCAGCAACAUGGCAAAGAUAGUAAAAGUCAAGAUAAAAAGAGUUCCAAAGAAUAUUACUACAUGCCGGAAAAGUAUGAUGAAUGCAAAGAUCGUUUUGGUAUCAUCUUUCAUGAUAAUUUAACGGAUUUGGAGAAAAGUGUCGCUAGAGGCAAGCAGAAGGAUAGUCUGAAUAGUGACAAGAUGAUGUCUGUCCCUAUUGAACAAUAUCCAUUUACUUCUGCAAACAGGGUGGCUUGGAAUCCAAACACGUGGAGUUAUCUGUGGCUAGCGAUAGGCUACCAAAACGGUUUAGUAAGAUUAUUGAACUUCAACUUUAUGUCUUCGCGUCAUGAUUUAAACGUUUUGCUACCGCCGCACGUGAAGUCUAUGCUCGACAAAAAAAGAACAAGUUAACUAGACGAGAGAAUUUUGUGAAUCACAUUUGUAUAUAAAAAAAACCUUGUACAUGAAUAUCCGAAAUAAAUUUUUGUCACGUA